AUGGUGGCUAACCCUCGGCUGCUUCGCAGCGAUAACAACAACAUAUUCGACUUCGGCCGCCACUACGUGGCAUUCCUCCCCAUGGCGGACCAGGUGACUCACUUGGUCAACCAUUUGAUCGCCUCGGGCUACGACUGGGGCAGGAUGUAUGCAGAGGCGGUGUCGGGCCGGUUUCUGGCCACACAUGGCACCAUUCACGAGCGAUGGUAUAAUGCCAUCGUCUCGGAGCUUGUGUGGCGGGAGGAGGAAGAGUUUGCGGGGCUGAGAAUAGGUGGAGAGGAUGGGGGAAGCCGAAGAGCUUCCCUGGAGAUCCGCCGGAAGAUUUGGCCACGGGGGCGGCUCCCUGUGACGACGCCCAUCGAGGUCAUGGAGCGGGAAGAUGUCGCAAUGGGCGACGCCGUGGACGAGAAGUCGCUUACCGGCCGGUAUCCGAAACGACAAAAGAAAUUCAAAAAGACAAACCCCCCCAAAAAAGACAGGAAGGAGGGGAUUGGUGCGAAGAUUUUUCGUCUGCCGGUUCUUCCGCGGUGGGGGGAGCUCGAGGUCGUCGUCCGGCUCAGGGGGGACCGCCAACAACCAGGGGAGUGUGGUCGGCACUCAGGUAGUCCCCUCAACACAGCCAAGAGCGUCUGUAACGGAUGCAAGCAAGCGUCGUACUGUUCGAGGGAAUGCCAAGUUGGCGACUGGCCCCUGCACAAGAAGGUCUGUAAAGACCUCGCGGGCGACGGGGUGGACGACAAGCGACCGAGCCCCGAGCAUCGGCGUAUUCUCUUCUUUCCGAUGCAUAGCAGCGAGCCCGAGACCAAAUGUUCAUCUUCUUCCGCCGACGAUGUGGAUCUCUUUGCGAAGGAGCUGUGCCAGAUGGGUUCAGAGACGAAGACGGCAUCAGGCCCCCGUUCAGACUUUGGAUGCUUUGCGAUGCGUGUGGAGGGUGUGGUAGAGAUGGGGCAGGGACGGGAUGCGCAGGAACUUACCACAGGAAUGAAGAAAGAGAUUCCACAACAGCACAAGAGCCGAUGCAGUUCAAGAAGAAGUCUGGUUCCCAGUCGAAGAAAGGACACCGAGGCAUCGCUCGGUCCCGCGGCCAACGGCACCAAUGGCACCGCCAACCUCAUUCGCAACAAUGACAACAACACCCAAGGCCGCGCCGCCUCAACCUUGCUCGACAACGUGGAACGCCUGAACAAGCAUAUGAACUCGUACCCGGAGUACAUGGGCUACCAAGCAGCCCCAGGUUUCCGCGAGGCCUCUCGGCAGCGCGAUUCAGACGAUAACCUUGAGAAGUUCUUCGGCAGUCUGAAGCGCCACGAAGUUGACCCCGGUGGCUGUGACGAAGGGACCCAAACUGCAUCCCAUGACGAGAGUGUGAAGGGUUGCACUGGCUGCUCGCUUAUGCCUAUUCAUUCGACUGUCAACCUGCAGAAGACAAAGGAGGAAAGGAGGGAUCUGAAGAAGCAUGUUUAA